AACAGGCGACAAUAUGAGAUUUGGCGCUUUCAAGGUGAGGACUUUAGCCGCUAGGCAACCCACUGGGCCCUGCUUGACUCUUUUUAUUGUUGGUCUCUGGCAUGAGUUUGAUUGAGACGGAAGAGAUUGUUGUGAGGGGUAAUGAAGAAGCCACUGCCCUUUAUGGAUUACCACAUUGUUUAUAUUAGGAGGAUGGGGCAGUUAUUUCGACUGCUUUGGUCAGAACAGGCUGGGGGAAAGGGAGCAUGGCAUUUGGGCUGGGGAGCUGAGUGAGUGAGUGGCUCAGAGGGACUGGGCAGUUUCCAUAGGCUGAAAGAAAAGAUCCCAGAGGGUCACACAUCUGUAAAGAGGAGAGGUUCCUGCUGGGCUUCUGGUGUAGUCAUCUAUAAGGGGGACAGAGACAGACUCUUGUCUGGUCCACAGGCUCCGGAACGUUUUGGGGGAGGAGCCUGCAGGACCCAACGUACUCAAUGAGCUUCCAGCGCAAUGUCCGAUCGCUCGGGGCCGACUGCCAAGGGGAAGGAUGGAAAGAAGUAUUCCUCACUCAACCUGUUUGAUACGUAUAAGGGCAAGUCCUUAGAGAUCCAGAAACCUGCUGUUGCUCCUCGUCAUGGCCUGCAGAGUCUUGGGAAAGUUGCCAUUGCCCGGCGUAUGCCACCCCCAGCCAACCUUCCAAGCCUAAAAGCCGAGAACAAAGGCAAUGACCCGAAUGUCUCACUAGUGCCGAAAGACGGAACAGGAUGGGCAAGCAAACAGGAGCAGUCCGACCCCAAGAGUUCCGAUGCCUCAACCGCUCAGCCGCCGGAAUCGCAGCCACUGCCGGCUUCACAGACGCCUGCCUCCAACCAGCCGAAACGACCCCCAGCAGCCCCCGAGAACACUCCUUCGGUUCCAAGCGGGGUAAAGUCCUGGGCGCAAGCCAGCGUCACCCAUGGAGCACAUGGAGAUGGUGGAAGGGCAUCAAGCCUACUGUCACGAUUCUCUCGAGAGGAAUUUCCGACCCUGCAGGCGGCUGGCGACCAGGACAAGGCUGCCAAGGAAAGGGAGUCUGCCGAACAGUCGUCUGGGCCCGGACCAAGCCUCCGCCCCCAGAAUUCUACAACUUGGAGGGACGGAGGUGGGCGUGGCCCUGAUGAGCUGGAGGGCCCGGACUCCAAACUUCAUCAUGGUCAUGACCCCCGGGGCGGGCUGCAGCCCUCGGGCCCACCCCAGUUCCCUCCCUACCGCGGAAUGAUGCCGCCCUUUAUGUAUCCUCCAUAUCUCCCAUUCCCUCCGCCCUACGGACCCCAGGGGCCUUACCGAUACCCUACACCUGAUGGGCCCAGCCGUUUUCCUCGUGUAGCAGGCCCCCGGGGCUCAGGGCCACCCAUGCGCCUGGUAGAGCCUGUAGGUCGGCCUUCUAUUCUUAAGGAGGAUAAUCUCAAAGAAUUUGACCAGUUGGACCAGGAGAAUGAUGAUGGUUGGGCAGGGGCCCAUGAGGAGGUUGACUACACUGAGAAGCUCAAGUUCAGCGAUGAGGAAGAUGGGAGAGACUCUGAUGAGGAGGGAGCUGAGGGCCACAAGGAUUCCCAAUCCGCUGCUAGUGAAGAGCGGCCCCCUGAAACAGAUGGCAAGAAGGGCACCUCUCCUGGGAAUGAGCCGCCUCCUCCAAAGACAGCCUGGACAGAGACCUCUCGGCCUACGGAGACAGAGCCAGGGCCUCCUGCCCCAAAGCCUCCCCCACCUCCACCUCACCGAGGCCCUGCUGGGAACUGGGGUCCUCCUGGAGACUACCCAGAUCGUGGAGGCCCUCCCUGCAAGCCCCCAGCACCUGAGGAUGAAGAUGAGGCCUGGCGGCAGCGGCGAAAACAAUCUUCAUCUGAGAUUUCUCUGGCGGUGGAGCGGGCCCGGCGGCGACGAGAAGAGGAGGAGCGCCGCAUGCAGGAGGAGCGUCGGGCAGCCUGCGCAGAGAAACUCAAGCGGCUCGAUGAAAAGUUUGGGGCACCUGACAAGCGGCUUAAAGCAGAGCCUGCUGCUCCCCCUGCUGCCCCUCCUGCUGCCCCUGCUCCACCACCUGUAGUUCCCAAAGAACUGCCCACACCUCCAGCUCCUCCACCAGUGCCAACACCAGUUCCAACUCCAACUCCAGAAAAGGAACCUGAAGAGCCAGCACAGACCCCUCCUGCCCAGUCCACCCCCAGUCCAGGUGUGGCUCCAGCUUCCACUCUGGUGAGUGGUGGUGGCACUACCGGUAGCACCAGCAGUGGGAGCUUCGAAGCCAGCCCAGUGGAACCCCAGCUGCCUUCAAAAGAGGGCCCAGAACCAACAGAAGAGCUUCCUCCUCCUACCACACCUCCAGCCCCAAAGUUGGAGCCCAAGAGUGAUGGGGCUGGUCCUACGCGGCAGCCCCCAAGCCAGGGCUUGGGAUAUCCCAAGUAUCAGAAGUCAUUGCCACCUCGUUUCCAGCGCCAGCAGCAGGAGCAGCUCCUGAAGCAACAGCAACAGCAGCAGCAGUGGCAGCAGCAUCAACAGGGCUCUGCGCCCCCUGCCCCAGUGCCCCCAUCACCACCACAGCCUGUGACCCUGGGGGCUGUGCCAGCUCCACAGGCUCCGCCACCACCCCCUAAGGCCCUGUAUCCGGGUGCUCUGGGCCGACCCCCACCCAUGCCUCCAAUGAACUUUGAUCCCCGCUGGAUGAUGAUUCCUCCUUACAUGGACCCUCGGCUCCUGCAGGGCCGGCCCCCUCUGGACUUCUACUCUCCUGGUGUGCAUCCCUCUGGCCUCGUUCCCCGAGAACGCUCAGACAGUGGGGGCUCAAGCUCAGAGCCAUUUGAACGCCAUGCACCCACCCUCUUGCGGGAACGGGGCACUCCACCAGUGGAUCCCAAAUUGGCCUGGGUUGGAGAUGUCUUUACCACUACACCCACUGAUCCUCGCCCACUGACCUCCCCUCUGCGCCAGGCUGCGGAAGAGGAUGAGAAGGGCAUGAGGAGUGAGACUCCUCCAGUGCCUCCCCCACCACCCUAUCUGGCCAGUUAUCCAGGCUUUCCUGAGAAUGGAGCCCCUGGACCCCCGAUCUCUCGUUUCUCUCUGGAAGAGUCUGUUCCCCCUGGGCCCCGACCACUUCCUUGGCCCCCAGGCAAUGAGGAGGCAGCAAAGACACAAGCUCCACCACCUAAGAAGGAACCCCCGAAAGAGGAGAUUCCACAGCUGACGGGGCCAGAAGCAGGUCGAAAACCUGCCCGUGGAGUUGGAGGGAGCCAAGGCCCCCCACCUCCACGCAGGGAAAGCCGCACAGAGACCCGCUGGGGCCCUCGCCCAGGCAGCAGUCGCCGUGGUGUUCCUCCAGAGGAGCAAGGGGCACCUCCCCGCCGGGCAGGGCCUAUAAAGAAACCACCACCUGCAAAAGUGGAAGAGCUGCCUUCUAAGCCUGCUGAACAGGGGGAUGAAGCAGCUAAGGCCCCGAAACCAGACCCUCUCAAGACAGCCAAGGGCAAAAUGGGCCCCAAAGAGACACCAUCCAGUGGGAAUCUUUCUCCUGCGCCAAGGCUUCGGAGGGACUAUUCCUAUGAAAGAGUUGGUCCUACAUCGUGCCGUGGUCGGGGCCGGGGAGAGUAUUUUGCCAGAGGAAGAGGCUUUCGUGGGACCUACGGAGGGCGGGGACGGGGAACCCGAAGCCGAGAAUUCCGCAGUUACCGAGAGUUUCGUGGAGAGGAUGGGCGAGGAAGUACAGCAGGGGGACCAAACCACUCCUCGGCUCCCCGGGGCCGCACUGCCAGCGAGACAAGAAGUGAAGGUUCCGAGUAUGAAGAGAUCCCAAAACGGCGCCGACAGCGUGGCUCAGAAACUGGCAGUGAGACCCAUGAGAGUGAUCUGGCCCCUUCAGACAAGGAGGCCCCACCACCCAAGGAGGGAGUGCUCGCCCAGGUUCCCCUGGCACCUCCACCACCAGGAGCCCCCCCUUCACCUGCCCCAGCCCGUUUCUCCACUGCUCGUGGUGGGCGAGUUUUUACGCCAAGAGGGGUGCCUUCUCGCAGGGGUCGCGGGGGCGGGCGGCCCCCUCCUGCUGUUUGCCCAGGCUGGAGCCCUCCAACCAAGCCCUUGGCUCCCAAAAAGCCUCCAGCAGGUCCUUUGCCGACAAAUAAGGAGCCUUUGAAAGAGAAGCUGAUUCCAGGGCCUCUGUCUCCCAUGGCACGGGGAGGCAGCAGCGGAGGUGGCAACAUGGGCAUGAGCGUGGAAGACGGAGAAAGACCCCGAAGGAGGCGUCAUGGGAGGGCUCAGCAGCAAGAUAAACCGCCUCGUUUUCGGAGGCUUAAGCAGGAACGGGAGAAUGCUGCCAGAGGGGCUGAGGGCAAACCCUCUCUGCCCCUCCCAGCUCCCACUCCAGGACCUGAGGAGGCACUCGCUGCGGUCAUUGUGCCCCCACCACCUCGCCGGGCAGCCGCCAAGUCUCCCGAUUUGUCAAACCAGAACUCGGACCAAGCCAAUGAGGAAUGGGAGACUGCAUCAGAGAGCAGCGAUUUUGCCAGUGAGCGCCGGGGGGAUAAGGAGGUUCCUCCACAAGCACUGAUGGCCCCCAAGGCUGUGGGAACUCCUGGGGGCAGUGGAGGUGGAACUGGUCCAGGCAUUUCAACUAUGUCCCGUGGAGAUCUGAGCCAGAGAGCCAAGGAUUUGAGCAAACGGAGCUUCUCCAGUCAGCGGCCAGGCAUGGAUCGCCAGAACCGGCGCCCCGGCCCAGGGGGCAAGGCUGGUGGUGGCGGUGGAGGUGGUGGUGGGGGUCCUGGGGCAAGGACUGGCCCAGGACGAGGAGACAAAAGGAGCUGGCCCUCGCCCAAAAACCGAAGCCGUCCUCCAGAGGAGCGUCCUCCGGGGCUUCCCCUGCCUCCCCCGCCGCCAAGCAGUUCUGCUGUCUUCCGUUUGGACCAGGUUAUCCACAGCAACCCUGCUGGUAUUCAACAGGCACUGGCCCAGCUAAGCAGUCGCCAAGGGAGUGUAACUGCACCAGGCGGGCACCCAAGGCCCAAGCCUGGGCCUCCCCAAGCCCCUCAGGGCCCCUCCUCUCGGCCCCCAAGCCGAUAUGACCCUCAGAGGGCCAACAACGUCAAUUCUGACUCCCACUUCGAGGAGCCAGGGCCUAUGGUGAGAGGAGUGAGUGGGACUCCACGGGAUUCUUCUGGAGUUAAUGCCUUCCCCUCCAAACGGCGGGAGCGGCCUCCCAGAAAACCAGAGUUGCUGCAGGAGGAAUCCUUGGCACCUUCUCACAGCUCUGGGUUCUUGGGCCCCAAGGCUGAGGUCCCAGGCCCUCAAGUGCAGUCUCCAGAUACAGGCACUGAAGCCCUCACCCCUCAUAUCUGGAACCAUUUGCAUACUGCCACUAGCCGAAAAAGUUACCGGCCUGGAUCCAUGGAGCCCUGGAUGGAACCACUGAGUCCCUUUGAGGAUGUGCCUGGCACAGAGAUGAGUCAGUCUGACAGUGGGGUGGACCUGAGUGGAGAUUCUCAGGUGUCAUCAGGUCCCUGCAGCCAGCGAAGCUCUCCUGAUGGAGGACUCAAGGGAGCAGCAGAGGGACCUCCCAAGCGGCCUGGAGGUCCCUCACCCUUGAAUGCUGUUCCUGGUGAGGGUCCACCUGGCUCUGAACCCUCUGAACCUCCUAGGAGACGGCCACCUUCUUCCCAUGAUGGGGACAGAAAGGAGCUGCCCCGGGAGCAGCCUCUGCCCCCUGGUCCCAUUGGCACAGAGCGAUCUCAGCGUACAGACCGAGGUGCAGAGCCUGGCCCUCUGCGGCCAGCCCAUCGAGCUGGCCCCCCAGUCCAGUUUGGCACUAAUGACAAGGAUUCAGACUUGCGCCUAGUGGUGGGGGACAGUUUAAAAGCAGAGAAGGAGCUAACGGCAUCAGUCACUGAGGCAAUUCCAAUAGGCCGAGACUGGGAACUUCUCCCUAGUACUUCAGCCUCAGCUGAGCCACAGUCCAAGAAUGCAGGCUCUGGGCACUCUGGUCCAGAGCCCAGCUCCUCAAGCCAGCGUCUGUACCCUGAGGUCUUCUACAGCAGUCCUGGGCCUCCUAAUUCACAGGUCUCUGGUGGAACUAUGGACUCUCAGUUACAUCCCAACAGUGGUGGCUUCCGCCCAGGGACCCCCUCACUGAAUGCCUACAGAUCACAGGCUCUCUACCUGCCUCCAGGCCCAGCCCCUCCCUCGGCACUUCUCUCUGGGGUAGCUCUCAAGGGCCAGUUUCUGGAUUUCUCAGCACUGCAAGCAACAGAGCUGGGGAAGUUGCCAGCUGGAGGAGUUCUUUACCCUCCACCUUCCUUCCUCUAUUCUCCAGCUUUCUGUCCCAGCCCUCUGCCUGACCCGCCUUUGCUUCAGGUACGCCAGGAUCUGCCAUCCCCUUCGGAUUUUUAUUCUCCUCUGCAGCCUGGUGGCCAGAGUGGCUUCCUUCCUUCUGGGGCCCCUACCCAGCAGAUGCUUCUACCUGUGGUAGACUCUCAGCUGCCUGUGGUGAACUUCGGCUCCCUGCCGCCAGCGCCACCUCCUGCCCCACCCCUUUCUCUGUUACCUGUGGGCCCUGCUCUACAGCCCCCCAGCCUAGCUGUGCGGCCCCCACCUGCUCCAGCGACUCGGGUGCUGCCUUCACCUGCCAGGCCUUUCCCUCCUAGCUUGGGGCGAGCAGAGCUGCACCCAGUGGAGCUAAAGCCGUUCCAGGAUUAUCGAAAACUGAGCAGCAACCUUGGGGGAUCUGGGUCCUCACGUACUCCCCCAGCUGGAAGGUCCUUCUCUGGUCUCAAUUCCCGACUCAAGGCCCCACCUUCAACCUACAGCGGAGUGUUCCGCACCCAGCGCAUCGACCUCUAUCAGCAGGCCUCCCCACCUGAUGCUCUACGCUGGAUGCCGAAGCCUUGGGAACGGACAGGGCCACCUUCCCGAGAGGGACCUUCCCGAAGGCCGGAGGAGCCUGGGUCCCGAGGGGACAAGGAACCUGGGCUACCCCCGCCCCACUGAGGGAGUUCCCCUUGCCCCCCAUCCCCGGGGCUUGUAUAUAGAUUAUAAAUAUAUAAAGGGGAAAGGGGUGGGUGGGGAGGGGUUGUGGGGCUGGGGCCUCAUUUCCCCUCCUCCCUCUUCCUCUGGUCCCCUAUCCCUGGGGCUGUUUGUUAAAAAAUAAUAAUAAAAGGAUUAAAAAAAUAUUGCCACAAAACAGUUGUGGGGAUGGGUUGGUUGGUUAGUGUUGCAAGAGCAUGGUGUUAAGUCAUGUUUAUGUGGCUCCUGUUUAGUCGGUCUUUUUGAACUACUACAAAAAGUUUGGCCUGGGGCUCACUUGGACAAAUCUGUUGGGGCCAAUGGACAAGAUCAUUUGGGAAGUUUGUUGAUGGCCCUGCUGACCCUAAUAUGGUUCCCUUCACAUCAUGUAGGGUCUUGGUACAUCUGAAAGGUGGGCAACCUGCCAUGGUCUCCGUGUAGCUCCUCCUGAAGGGUGUUGAAAAUGUCACAUUGUUGGUCCUUCCUGCAGCAAGCUAGUCGGUAGGAGAGGGUAGAACUGCAGUUGAUGGCAGCCAAGAAUUAGCAGUCAUAUGUCAUUUUGUUCCGUUGGAAAAAAGUCCUGUUUAUAGCUGUGCUGCAAGUGUCUCAUUUUGUCAGCACACUAAUGGGCUCUUAGAACGCGGUAGGUGAGCCUCAGUGUUGUCAGGCAGAACUCUUUGAGUGCCUCUAUGUGUUAAUUUUACUUGGGUCUGGAACUGCAUUUUCUGUUGUCAUGUAAGAUGGAUGUUCCAUCUUGGGGCUAAUUUACAUACCCAAUCAUCUGGUGGCAGGCAUUGUGAAGCUCAGAAUUCUUAUACCCUGGGAUGGAGUACUCUUUGUCUUAACUUCAUGGGUGGAAGUGGUAGUGACCCAAAUUCUUGGGUUCCUGCAACCCUUAUAGACUAGUUUUGGCUUGACUCAUUCUUGGAUGCUGUAGUCAUUUAGGAAGUGAACCAGUGGAUAGAGGUUCUCCCUUCCUUUCCGCCUUUCAAAAUGUUAAAGAGAUUUGUUUUAGAAGACAAGUU